AUGAGUUUGGAGGAUACGUUGGCGAACAUGACGCUGUACGAUGCGAAGAAGUACUUCCGGAAGGCGCAGAACGUCGUGUUCAACUUCACAGAGAUGGAGUCGAAGGUGAGGGAGGCGACGAACAACGAACCUUGGGGGGCCUCCUCUACGCUGAUGGAGCAGAUUGCGCAGGGGACGUACAACUACAAGGAGCGGGAGGAGGUGAUGAUGAUGCUGAUGCGGCGGUUCACGGAGAAGGCCGGGUCCGAGUGGCGGCAGAUCUACAAAGCGUUGCAGUUGCUGGACUACCUGAUCAGACGUGGGUCCGAGAAGUUCAUCGACGACGUGCGUGCUGCGCUGCGGAUCGUGCGUCUUCUUGAGUCCUUCCAUUACAUCGACUCGCAGGGGAGAGAUCAAGGUGUCAACGUGCGCAACCGUGCGAAGCAGAUCGUCGAGUUGUUGCAAGACGACGCUGCGGUCAGGGACGCCCGCAAGAAGGCCCGCGAGACCGCGAAGAAGUAUAAAGGUGUUGCCGGUGGUGCCACCGCGUUGGGGGCUGGUGGCUCCUCCACCGCCGGGGCGAUGAACCCGCAUGCAGGGUUCAACGCUUCCACUUCGCAUGGUAUCUCGGUCUCUGCGGACUUCGACACUGAUGACGAGGCAGAAGUUGAGCCCGCAAGUGCGGCAAGGCCGAUAGAGAGGUUUACUUUGGAACCUUCCCCACCUCCAGCAGCGUUACAACGGGCCCAAGCUCAAACUCAAGAGGCUGAUGACGAUGACGACGAGUUCAGCGAAUUCCAAAGUGCUGCUGCACCUACUACGAGCACCCAGCAAGCGACUACACCGGCAUCCAAUACAAUCAACAACACGUCGUCGAACCUGCUCUCGUUGGACUUGCACACUUCGCAGAGUACUAUGCCAAGCAGCAUGCCCAGCAGUAUGCCACAGAAGCAGCCGGCCAAAGCUGGGGACCCCUUCUCGUCGCUGUUCAACACUGCGAAGAGUCUGCCGGAGGACCCGGCGAGGAAACCGGCCCCCGCUGUGGUCAGCACAACGACAGUCGAGUCUUCCCCCCGGAACAGAUCCGGCAAUCAUCAACCGACCGCUAAGCCAGCCCCAGUCCCCGCUGCAUCACAAAACGACGACGACGACGAUCUCUUCGGCGAACUGACGAGUUCCAGCGCUGCAGGAACACGGCAGGACACCGGCGACGUCGACCUGCUAAGCUUCUAA